GAAGUUGCUGUCGCUCGCCGUUUUUCGAAACCUGGUACUUACUUCUGUGCACCCUUUAAAGCGCACAUUACGUGUUGUUAUCAGUUCCGCAUAGCGAACAAAUAAAUCCAGUGGUCACUUUGUUAGCCGUCAGUAAUAAUAGUAAAUUAUUUAUAAAUUGUUGACAAUUGCACAUGGUUGUACUUACUUUUUGACUGCAGUGCGUGACUUGAACUUGUAAAACAUAAUAGUCGAAAUUCCAAACUUCAAGAUACCGUUGUUGGCCUCGCCAUGGAUACCCUUAUGGAUCCUAGUAUAUCGGCAGCACAAGAGCUUUCUAGUUCUCACAGCGGUCAGGAUGCAGCCGAACUUUUGGCGGAAGUCACCGAAAGCCAGUUCACUACGGCACCGAUUUGUCUGGUACUAUCCGAUGAUGUGCAGAGGACAUUCCAGAAUGGCGAUCCUUUAAUUGUCGGAACAUCGAUGGAAGACAUACAAACAUUUUUCCAGAAAGUAAUUUCCGAAGCACAAGUGGGAAUGGAACAGAGCGGUCACAGAGGAAUGGGCGGCGAUGGCAGCCGAUCGCGCACAGCGCGGACCAUUGAUCCAAACGAUUACUCCAUCAAGGCCGAACGGUAUCCGGUGCCGUACCAGUCUAUGGCACGAGCACCGAAAUCCAAAAAGAAACAGCCGGCGACGGCAGAUGACGAAGAGGAUGUAGAGCGGAGCGAAAUUCCACUGGAUGCUAUCCGAUUGUACUUACAAGAGAAAAAAUAUUUUCCUGGAUGGAGUGCCAAUUCUAAAAGGAAUUUACGCAAACGGUGCGAAGAUUUUGCGUUAGAAAACGGGAAGCUAAUGUACCGCACGAAAAAAGGAAAUUUCGUGCACUGUAUCGAAGAUCGGGCGGAAAGAAUGCAAUUAUUGUGGCAGCAACAUUCCAUCGACCAUCGUCGUCGAGAUCGCCUGUUUCACGCCUUAAAAGAUAAAUACUACUGGAAGGGAAUGCUUUCGGAUAUCAACACGAUGCUUGCUUCCUGUGAGCACUGUGCACGUGUGAGACUGGAGAAAGAGCAGCUGGACCUGAAGCAUAAGGCCGAAAUGGCGAAUAUUCCCGAAAAACCUUUACCGCUAAUACCGUUACCGAAACGAACUUCUAAAAUUAUGCUUGAAUCCAAACUAUUUGCCAAAGUUGAAGAUGAGCCGAGCAUCUUGCCGGAAUGAUGUAGACGACAGAAUCUUUCGGUGCUUUCAUGAUACGCAGUACUGUUGGUCUGUGUGCCGUUGUUGAAUGGUACGUCGCAUUAAUUUGUAUGUGCAUUGUUACUGUCAUCUUGUUUCCUGGUACAGUUGCGGCUGUCGAGGAAGGUGUAGUGUGUAUUAACACUGUGUAUUACUUAUUUCUUAAUUUCUAGCUUAAAUCAAACGGAAAUAAAUUUUUAUAUUUGGUGGUGACAU